AUGGACAGCGCACUCUCUUUCCUCUACGCCGCUGCGAUGCAUGAUGUCACGGCCCUUGAGCGCGAGUACGCAAAGGAUGAGAGUGUUCUCUCCGCACGCAAUCCUGAAGGGCGAACCGCCCUCCACCUCGCCGCGCUCCACGCCCACCCAGAAAUCCUCCGUCUGCUGCUCAGCUACGGCAUGUGCGCCGCCAUUACCGACGCCCACGGCCAGUCUGCCUUGCACAUCGCCGCACAAGGCUCCUCCACAGAGGCUGUCGAAGUCCUCCUCAAGGACGGUUCAGGCUGCACAACACGUGACAAUGACGGCAAGACUGCCCUCGCAUACGCAUACCAGAACCCGUGCAAAGACCUCCUCACCCGAUUCAUCGACUACGCCCCGAGCUGUGGCGUAGGCUGUUCGCUCACCCCGGCGAUAGUCCUCGGGUCUCGCCGUGGAUCAGGCACUCAAACGAGCGAUGCCGCCUCUGUCCCCUGUGCGCGCCCAGCUCCAGGCCCUCCAAAAAGCUCAGGCUCCUACAACACAGUGAGAUGCAAAUAG